AUGGGAAGAAACCUUAGCGUGCAAUGCAUUUAUGUUCACCGCUCGCGGACAAGGAUCGCCGUCCUCACAGGCUCUCAAUCCUCUCCAGCUGAUCCAGAAGAUAUAACAGAAGAGCAAGCGGAAGACGAAGAAGAUAGAUUGUCUCCCGAGCCCACUCGGUCGCCGACUAGUUUGGAACAUCCUGACAACAUAAGGGUGACACCAAGGCCAAACCAAGAUAUGCGCAACGAUUAUGAUGAAGCGGUGAGCGAACCUCGGUCUCAGAAUAUGCGCCAAGCAGGCAGUAGUGAUGGUAGCGAAACGACUGGGGAGAAGAACCAUGGUUUCGAGAUACAACAAGGAAAUGGCCUUCCAAAUACAAUGGGUACGGUGUCACCUGUCGCAUCGCGCGCCAUGCAUAGCAGUAUCAGUGAAACCACUCCGGAGUUAGUGCCUGCUAUACUGUCACAAACAGAUGUGGACAUCUCACCAGCUCGCUUAUAUGGCACCUAUCAGAUGAUGACCCCCACGGCAUCGACGCAACUGCAGUCAAAAGAUAUGAGUUUUCCCACUGAUUCGAGUGGCAUAACUAUGGCUCUUGAUAGAGAUGAUAUAUCACCCAUACAUGAGUUUGGCAUCGUGGACUGGAUGACCUUCGACUCGGCUCUCGACAAUAUCACCGAUCACUUAAUGAGAGACAGCACCUUCAUGCCUAUUAUACCCGAUAUGUCCCUAAACAACGUUCAGGAUUCGGACUUCCGCAGGUUGCCUCCCCUCAAUGAGCAUGAGGAACAACAGUUCCCUCGUAGUUAUAACGAUUGUAACGCGAACCAGAGAACCUAUGGUGGACUACCAUACGAUCAUCCCCAACAAACAUCCCAAUUUUCAGGCGACCACGGUGUACAGCAGAUUAUAUCAGACGGCGGACAAAGGCAGAAUGCAAAUACUCAUUCGUGGCCAACGGACUGGGAGCCCAGUAAAUUGGACAACUUGACAAGCUUUCCAGAUAUGCGCCACAUACCCAUGGACGUUAUAGACGCUGAAGACUUCGCCCACGUCAAUCAGCUUAGCCAGGAUGCAUACGACGGGAUCGUUCAUUUCGUCGAACGAACCAGUAAUAACGGGACACACUACAUACCGUUCAAAAACUCGGCAUUGCCUCCACUGAAGGUGCUAAACUGCUUUAUUCAACUUUACUUUGAGUAUUUCCAUUCUGUGUUCCCUAUGCUUCACCAAGCAACCUUCAACCCGGAGCAUGUUCCACGAUUGUUGCUUUUAGCUACGGCUGCGAUCGGUUGCCGGUACUCCAAGAUUGAACAGUCCAGUAGAUGCGCGGAUGCCUUACAAGAGCUCUUACGUCGAGCAAUUGCGUACACAUGUGAACAAGAUAAUAGUCAAGCUCGGCAACUCUCAAUGGCGCAGACGAUUGUCCUCAACUCCAUUGGUAUGAUGUACAGCGGAGACAGGAGGCUGUUCGAGAUUGCAGAGGCAUCUCGGAAUACUCCCGUGACAUUAUGUCGCAGAAACGGCUCACUUCAAAGUUCAGUCGGUCAGCCGUCAAUAGGUCCAACAACUCAAGGAAUGCUUCUGGAGCAUAAAUGGCAACAGUGGGCACAUGAUGAAUCGCUAAGAAGAUUGGGCUUCUGUGUCUUUUUACUUGAUGCUCACGCCGCCAUGUACCUCAACUUGCAUGCAAAUAUGGCAGUAACCGAGUUACGUCAAUCCCUACCUUGCCCCGAUGAAAUUUGGGACUCCCCUAGUGCAGAAACGUGGAAAGUGGCCUAUAUGAGGCGUUACUGGGAACGUACCGAUUAUGGAGACACUCAAGGAGCCGUACAGCAAAUGAGCUUAGGCGUUACUGCAGCUCUAUCCCAACUCCGGCUAGGCAAACCUAUGGCUCAAGAAUUAGGCCAUUUUUCGCGAGUGAUUCUAGUUUUCGCCCUCUACCGGUCUGUGGCAGCACACCAACAACAGAUCGCUGACCCUUUCGCCGGUCAGAAGAUCCAGGGCGACCAAGCUUCUCUUUCACUGAUAUCUACCGCCGUAAGGGCUUUAGAAUCCCUGCGACUAUUUUCUUUUUCACCUGGACCAUUGCAGUUCAGUCUUGACUGCCACAUAGAUCUGGCUAUAGUAUUACUAAACAUCCCUCAAGAACAGAUGCUGGACUAUACGAGAUCUUUCCGAAUGAAUCAGUGCCAGUCCCAUGAUCUUCAACAGCUACAGAACUGGGUAGCUCAGGAUGGUGGCCGUAACGCCAGGGUAGCCGCUGUUCAUGCUGCGAAGUUGUGCAGCCUUCUCCGCUUAAACCCACAUCCACAUUCGUUUUCCAGUCCGUUGAUGGCUCUCCUUGCUACCCUCGCGCUCUGGACAUAUAAUAACCUUUCUCUCGAUGGUGAGAAUGACAACGAGGCCAGAGUAUCGCCGCAGAUGCGCUUGCGAGUUGCUCGUCUGGAUAAAAAUGGCAAUGACUCUGUUACACAAGCAUGGAUAAACAAUGAGCCUGCAAUACGGACUCAUAUAACCGAGGUGGGACCAAUUCCCUGUGCAACCUCUUCGUUACGUCUCCUUGAUCUAGGCUCCAAAAUCCUAGCGUCUAUGGAUUCCUGGGCACUUAGUCAAGGACUAGCAAGCUGGCUGGAGAGGUUGAAGCAAUGUGUCUCUGACACCGACAGUUCCAGCUCCCGUGGUGCUCGCUAUGCAAAAGUGCACCAAUAA